AUGUAUUCUGAUACUUGUUCAAAGGCACUGAACAGAUUACAUCAGUUGGAGAUAUUGGGGAGUAGACUUGUGGUGGAAUACGCUAAAACUACACCUGAAACUAAACUACAUCCGCCAUCACUUAAUAUAGAAAAGAAAACCAAGAAGGAGGAUAAAAAGGAUAAAGUUGAAGAAAAAUCAAUUCAGUUUACUCCACCACAAGAUGAGAUUCAUACAAAAUGGGGGUUUAAUUACCCUAGAAAUCCACGUUUUAGAUAUGUGUACCCAUCACCCACUGUUACCAUACUAACUAAUAUAGCUAAUGCUUUAGCGGCUUGUCCAAAAUUCUACACGCAGGUUUUACAUCUAAUGAAUAAGAUGAAUUUACCAGCACCAUUUGCUCAACCUACACCAACACCACCUGUUCCAUCAGGUGAAAUUAAAGAGAGUAGCAGUGAAUCAGAAAUAGAGAGUGAUACAGAAAUUACAGUCAAAGCUGCUAAGAAAAAGAAAAGACAAUUGAAGGAGAGGAAAGACAGACCUAAAAAACGAAUGAAGUUAAUCGAUGAUUUCCCAACUCUAGCAACAGCACCUGUUGAACCUAGUAAAGUUUUUGAGAUGGAUGAUCAAGCAACAGCUCAACGUAAAAUACAAUUAAAUUUACCGUCUGUUAUAGCUGAAACUGUCGAUGAUCGUACUAAGGCAUCAGUUGAUAAAGAAACAAGAAAAGAACAAAUUGUAGAAGGAUUUGGAAUUAUUGAACCUGUUGCUAAGCCUGUUACACGUGAAGAUAAUGAUAAUGAUGAUGAUAAUUGUAGUGAAUUUAUAUCCAGUGAGGAAUUGAAGAGAGGAAGAAUAUCUAGAGAAGAAAGAAGAGAAAUAAAUGUAUUUAGAAAAUAUGAACGUGGAGAACCGAGCUGUCGUCUUUAUAUCAAAAAUCUGGCUAGGCAAACAACAGAUAAGGAUCUGAAGUACAUAUAUGGUAAAUACAUAGACUGGACUAAUUCAACUCAAGUCAAUAUAUUUGAUGUUCGUGUUAUGAAGGAGGGAAGAAUGAAAGGACAAGCAUUUGUAACUUUACCAUCAGAAUAUGUGGCUAUAUCAGCUGUUGAUGAAACACAUGCCUUUAUUCUCAACGAUAAACCAAUGCUAGUCCAAUUUGCUAGGUCUGCUAAAGCUGUAGCUGAUCCAAAAACAGAAGAUAAAUAAUCUGAGAAUUUUCUAAUGGAUUCGUUGAUGGUGUAUGUCUGGAUAAACAAGUUGAUCAGUGAUAUUGUGAGCUGAACAAUUCAGUUAUGGUAUAUGUCUGGAUGAACAAGUUGAUCAGUGACAUGAUGGCUUGACGGUUCAGUUAUGGUAUAUGUCUGGAUGAACAAGUUGAUCAGUGACAUCUUGAGCUUGACAGUUCACUUAUGAAUGUAUCGCUUACUGGUUUGAUAACACGGAGAUGAAAAUGGAAAGAAUUGUUUUAAUUAAAUCUAAUAAACUAAAAGACAAAUCUGUAAUGGACAAAGUAAAAGACACCAGAUCGAAUGUGGCUGACAAAUACUGAAUUUGUUCUUGACAUUGUGACUAGUGUUAUCACAAUUACAAAAUUCUUGAAUCGGUUAAUCGGCUGGCCAAAUCGGUGCUGAUUAAUUGGAUGCCGUAUAAAUUCUAUAAUAAUGUAAAAUAAACGUUUCUUUCAUUGGCUAAUAAUGUCAUUGUCAUACUGCAUUACACGAUUUUUCUCUUGCGAUUGCUUGUUAUAAAAUGAUGCGUGAACACUGAAUAGCUGAUUGUAUAUUAUUUUAGUACAUUUCUUUGAGUUUGUGCUAAAGAGAUGGUUAAAUUGGCAAUAAACAACAUUUUACUACA